UCCUUCAUACAUUUCAUUCCUAAUUUCAUUCCUAGGUAUCCUCUCCACACAAUCAGCCAAAAUCGUAUAUCGACAUCCCAUGAGACUCGCCGUGAUCGAUUGCAAGGAUUCGAAGUUCGAAAAGGACUUACUUUAUGAAGACAUUAACGCUCCUCAAUGGAUUGAUUUCACCAAUCAUGAUCCUCCUGUUGAUGAUGCAGCUUGGUUCUGCCGCCCUGAUUUUUUUGUGAUAACUGGAAUUGGAGAGGCUUUGAAUGAUUUAAAUGGCAAAAGAAGGAUUCUGAUUUCUGGAUCCAUUCAUUACCCACGAAAUAACCCCGAGGUGUGGCCAGAUCUCAUUCAGAAGGCUAAAUAA